AUGAAAUCACUUUAAAAUAGUAAUAAAGAUAAUGCAGAAAGAGAAUUAGCUUUAUAUUUUUAAACCUCUUCAGAUAAAAAUGAGCAAGAUUAAGAUGGUGAAGCAGAAAACAGAUGGGGAGACGAUAAAUCAGAAUAAUUUCAAAAAAAUCGUUUUCAUUUGCAAAAUAAUAUUUCGCAUUCGAAAAAUGAAAACAGUAUUUAUAAUUUGAAAUAUGAACAGAGUAUUUAUCAUUCGGAAAAUGAAAAUAGUGAUAAUUAAAAUAGAGAAUACCGAAAAGAAGAAGAAAACAUACAUAAAUUAGUUGAAAAAAGUCAAAUGGAACACUUAAAAUAAAAUAAUCCAUAAGUUUAUUUAAAGUUUUAAUAAUUAUAUGAUGAGAUUGGUGUCUGCCUUAGUUCUAUUUAAUAAUAGAAUUAUUUACUAGAUGAUAAUAACAAACAAAAGAAGAGAGCGGCUUAAUAUAUAAGUUAAAUGUGGAAUGGAAUUAUUAAAGAAAAUUAAAUACAUAUAUUCUGGUAUUUUAUUUAACCUAGCGAGGAGGAAUUAAACAACAUGAAUAAGCUGAUAAAAGAUUUAUAAAAAGAAUAUGAAAAAAUAGCUUUUUUUAAGCCUUAUUUUGAAGAAGAUUAAUUUUUAGAUGAAAUAAAUAUACAUGGAUUCAUAAAAAAUCCUAUUUAUUUAAUUAUUUCUUGCAAAAACUAAAGUUUUUAAAGCUUAGAAAUGCUAAUCAAUCAAAUAAAGAAGAUUAAAAAUGAAAAUCAAAAUAUUAAAUUAUAGAAAAUUAAUUUUCAAGUUUAAGACGAGGAAUCCUCUUUAAAGUUAAAAGAAUACACUAAAAAAAUUGAUAUAGAAUGUAAAGUAAUUUCAUAUUAGGAAAUUUCAAAUGAGAUUUCUCUGUUUAUAACUCCUCAGGAAUUCAGAAGAGUGAUUCCUAUAAAAGAUAUCAAUUUAUUCUUUCAGUGUAAAGAAUUGAAAUAAAAAUAUUUAUAACUGCACACAGAUGAUUUUUCUUAGUAUAAUUUAUUUGAUUUUUAGCCUAGUAAAAUUAACUUGGAAGAAAAUCUGAAAUAAGCUGUAAUUAUUAUGGAGAACAGAAAUCUGAAAGUUGACUCAUUAAUUUUAAUUCCUAAUUCACAUAAAAGAUUAUCUAAGGAUAUUGAGAUACAAUUUUUAGAAGCUAGAAAAGAUGAAUAAAAUCUUUGUAAAAGAAUAUUAAAGCUUUAUACAAUGGAAAAUUGUUACUUGCAUAGAUUUGUUAAUGGAUGUCUCUAUACUUUGAAUUAAGAUAUAAUAAAUCUAGUAUGGAAUUUAGUUUUAAUGGUUAGAGUAGCUCUGUACAAGCAUGAUGAUUUGUCUGAAACAGCCAUUAAAUAAGGUAAUACUUCACCUUUGAGAUUAUAUAGAGGAAUUACUUUAUCAUAAGAAUAUUACUAAAAAAUUAUUGAAACUGGGACAGAAAUUUGCCUGGUAUCUUUCAGUUCUUUCUCAUCAACAAAGGAAGUCGCAUAUGAUUUUAUAAAAAAAAGUGAUUUCUUUGCUUAAAAUGAAUAAACAGAACCAGUUCUUUUUGAGUUUGAAUUUUCUUGUAACUCUGCUAACUUUGAUAAGAGGCCAAAAGCCAUAUUUUAACAAAGCAAAUAUAAAACGGAAGAUGAAUACCUUUUACCACCUGGAUGCAUUUUCAAAAUUGAAAACAUAGAAAAUAAGGACAGUAAACUUUUUUGCCAUAAAGUUCGCCUUACUCAAAUUGAAAAUGUUUAAUUUGAUUGA